AUGACUCCCGACAAGUCAAUAUCGCCGCAGGAACUGCGUCACCACUGGGUCAAUCGAGACGAGAUCGCCUUGCUCGACGUGCGCGAAGAAGGACCCUAUUCCGACGCCCAUCCGCUUUUCGCAUUGAGCGUGCCCGUCUCUGAAAUUGAGGAGAAAUUGCCGCCCCUGGUGCCGCGACUGUCGACGCCCGUGGUGGUCUAUGAUGAUGGCGAGGGUUACGUGGAUCGAGCAGUCGCUCGCAUUACGGCAUUGGGGUAUUCCCAUGUAUCAAUCCUGGACGGCGGCCUCUCGGGCUACGCCCGAGUGGGAGAGGUCUACCGCGAUGUCAAUGUGCCCUCCAAGGCAUUCGGCGAAUUGGUCGAAUCAAUCCGGCAUACCCCAUCGCUGGCCGCGCCGGACGCAAAAAAAUUGCUCGAUCAGAACCCCGACGUCGUGGUGCUCGAUGCCCGACGCUAUGAAGAAUAUCACACCAUGAGCAUCCCCGGUGGCCGCAGCUGUCCUGGCGGCGAGCUACUAUAUCGCGUCUUCGAGGCCGCGCCGUCUCCCGAGACGACCGUGAUUGUGAACUGCGCCGGUCGCACCCGAAGUAUCGUGGGUACACAGUCCCUGCUGAACGCGUCUGUCCCCAACAAGGUCGUCGCGCUGCGAAAUGGAACGAUCGGCUGGACGCUGGAAGGUCUGCAGCUGGAGCAUCGUCGCGAGGAACGGGCUCCGCCGCCCUCGCCGGAGGCAUUGCGCAAGGCACGACGACAUGCCGAGGCCUGGGCACAGCACGUUGGUGUGGUGACGGUGGAUGGGUGUCAAGUCGGCCAGUGGGCAUCGGAAUCCCGCACCUUGUACCUGCUCGACGUGCGGGAUCCGAGCGAGUAUACCCAGAGUCAUGCGAAGGGCUUCGCGAAUGCGCCCGGUGGUCAAUUGGUGCAGGCGACUGACGAAUGGGUGGGUGUACGUGGUGCGCGCAUCGUCCUCUACGAUACCGACGGCAUUCGUGCGCGUAUGACGGCCAGCUGGCUCUUGCAGCUUGGAUGGGAGGUGUAUGUGUUGGAUGCGAACUCCACCGUGCCCGACGUCGAACCGCUCGUCGAAUGGAAAGGAGUAUCGCGCGAUGCUCCCGCCGGAGCAAUCACCAUCGACGAGCUGCAAUCUCUCUCCGAUGUGACCAUCGUCGACCUCGCACGCAGUCCGGUCUAUCGCAAGGGCCACAUCCCCGGCGCAUGGUUUGCGUCAGGCCCCGAGCUGGUCCACGAUCUGAAGACGAUCCCUGGUGAUGGUCCGAUCGUUCUGACCUCGCCUGAUGGUCAAUUGGCCGCCGCGAAUGUCGACGAAGCGAGAGACCACCUACCGUCCCGCCAGUUGCUGUACCUGACCGGCGGCACCGCGGCAUGGGUGAGCCAUGGACUCGCCCUAUCGUCAGACGACUCGCGCUGGCUCUCGUCUCCGAUCGACGUGUAUCAACGGCCAUACGAGGGCACCAGCAACGCGCGCGAGGCGAUGCAAGGGUACCUCGACUGGGAGUACGGGCUAGUGGCCCAGCUAGCGAACGACGGAGUGUCGUGCUUCCAUGUUGUGCGUGAGAUGCCGGAUGGCGUUCACAUGUGA